ACAAGACGCAGUUACUAACCUGACCGUGCCUUAGUCACUCAUUGCAAAUGCGAUGCGCGAAGUCAAUGAAGCUUCGACAUGAUGCGUGAACUAACCCUACCCCUACUAACAGCUAUAAAGAGGCCUCGACGCUUUCGAUGCCAGGAUUCUUCCUUUCGUGAUGACAGACACACCUGGUGAACAUCGCUCUAGUACAACAUAUACUUCGUAUUCGACAACCACAAAGACACUUACCGUAGUCGUUGGUCUUCUCGCAAUCAUCCUGGCUUUCUCAAGCACUUUCCGCAGUAUCUGGUUCCCUGCUGUCCUUACCAAGCCCACCACACGCGCAAUGUCGACCGCAGGUCCAACUUCGAUGAAGCUCACCAAGCGCGGUUGGUCGCAACGCGGACAUGCCGAUCACGAUUGGCUAUACACAUACCAUACUUUCUCCUUCGCGUCGUACUAUGACCCUAGACACGAGAGCUUCGGCCCGCUGAGGGUCAUCAACGAAGACAGAGUAAAGGCGGGCACCGGUUUCGGAACACAUAGCCACGCCGAAUUCCUCAUCUUCAGCUACAUCGUCAACGGCGUCCUCGAACACAAAGACAGCAUGGGCAACCUCGAAAACCUCAAGCGCGGCGAAGUCCAAUUCACCUCCGCCGGCACGGGCAUCCGCCACUCUGAAUACAACCGCAACACCGACUCCGAAGUCCAUUUCCUCCAGAUUUGGGCCAAGCCCAACAAGCGCGGUCUUAAGCCCCAUUACGAAACGAAGAAGUUUACCGACGAGGAGAAGGCGGAUAAGCUGGUUAGGAUAAUGGAGUCUACGGACAGGUUGGAGAAGAGCAAGGGUGCUAUUGGGCUGCAGGCUGAUCUUAGCAUGGAUGCGUCGAUUUUGUCGCCGGGUAAGAAGGUGGUGCAUGAGCUUGUUGCCGAGGGGCCGAGGAAGCUCUUUGCGCAUGUUGUUAUGGGUGGACGGUCGCAGCCUAAGCAGGGUGGCGCGCAGGUCAAGAUUGGCGAUACGGUGUUUGGGGAGGGUGAUGGCGCGUAUAUUGAGGGAGUGAGCGGGCCUGGCAAGAUCGAGAUUGAGAGUGUGGGCGACAAGCCCGCUGAGUUCUUGCUGUUUGACAUGGGACCUCAGGAUGUGUAGACACAUUUCAAGGAUGAUUUCAGGUACUGAUAUUUAAGAUAGUAAUACACAUUUCAAAGAAUCUUGCAUAUGC